AUGAUUAAUUCAAAUCCGCAAAACUAUAAACUGAGUUUUUAAGCAUAUGAUGAACUUAUAAAAUCAUCUAGAUCUGUGUCUCCUAAUUCGUCAUUUUUAUCAAAUUAAGAUGAUUUGCUUUAGGAAAGAAAAAUGAGUAGUCAAGCUUAAAUACUCAAAGCAUUUAAUUCAAUAAGAGAUAUGAAUAAUAAAGAAUAAAUAAAUUAAGCAUUGCUUAUGAUUCCAAAUGUUAAAGAUAGAAUUAUGCUAGUAGAAAAGUUAUUGGAAAGACGUGAAUAAAUCGCUAAAGCAAAAGAGAUGCAAGCUAUAAACAAUCUAGCUCCUUUAUUUAACAAAAUCAAACUUAAGUUUUUAAAUUCUCUACAAAAAGCAAAUGCUACAACAAGCGAAAGAAAACAUAAAUUCCAAAAAAAUAUUAGUUAAGGAAUCUAAAACCAAUAAAAUUAGAAUGAAGUAGGACUAAACAAUAUGACUAACUAACAAUAAUAAGGAGAUAUCCAAAUUAACUAAAUAAAAAGCCCAAAUAAAACAGUAGCUCAUAAAAUUUAAAAUGCGAGCCCGAAUACCUCUCCUAAUGUAAACAAAAUUGCUGAUAUACCAAAAGAUGAAGAGAAUAGCAAUUAAAUUUAACAGCAAAAUAAAAAUAUAAUGGGUGCUAUCACUAUAUUUGCUACUCAUGACAUAAAAAUGGAUAAAGAAAAAGAAGAAAUUGAUAAAAAAAUGAAAUAAAAUAAACCUCUUGGAUACCUUUAAAGAGACAACUUCCUUAAAAUGUCUAUAGUAGCUUAAGAAGAUCGUCUAAAAUCUCCAUCAAAAUCUAAUAUGCUUAUAUCAAACACAAGUUAAAAGAGUAACAAUAUUAGUAAUAAUAUAGCCUCAAGUGAGCCCAGCAACACGGGUAACUAAUAAAAAAAAAAAUAGGAAAAAAGUGCACCCCUAACAAAAUCUCUUAAUUUAGGAGAAACAAAUGAAAUAGAUUAUGGCUAAAAAAUGGAAGCUUUAAAAAAGAAAAUGUUUUUAGUCAAUCAUGGAGUAGGUAGACGUGAUUCGCCUUCAUCUAGUUCUAAUAAGCACUCCAGAAAACGAUCUUUAAAUAUUAGUCCUGCAUCAUAAUACAAUUUUCAAAAUUCUGAUUUUGUAAAGGAUGAUGCCAGCUAAAAAUAUUAUUUUAAACCAUAGUUAAAUAGUUUUAGCUAAGCAACUUAGAAUUAUCAAUCUCAAAGCAUUAAUUUUUAAAAUAAUAGUAACCAAUCAAUGCAUUCUCUUAUUAAAAAGCAUCAAAGUAAAUAGCCUUCUUAAAAUAGUUCUAAUAAUGGAGUUUUAUUUGAUUUUAUUCUGGAAUGCGAAUAAAAGAGGUAUUUAUCUAAAAAUAAUUUACCAGGUAUAGAUUAACAAAUAAUUUUAAGGAAACAUCACUCUUCAUAAAGCUCUAUAAAACCUAGCAGUAAGUUAUAGCUAUUUCAAAGCUAAGUAGUUUAAUCAAAGCUGAAUUCAGAAAAUAGCACUCAUCUCCUACAUAAAAUGUAUUAAAUGCAAAGAGAGCAUUCGAUAUCUUCUUUAAAAUUUAACAGUCCGAAAACCAGGUAACAUCAUGUAAAAUCACAGAGUAUUAACAUUUAUAAUCAAGUUGCUUGA